AUGUCUUACAUGCUGGAGUUAAAGUCAUGGAGCACAGUGUGGGAGAUAGUGCAGGGCCUGUUUACCACACUGAGAUUGAGGCGCCAGAGCAACACAGCUAAACUGGCACUGAAGAUUACAGAUUACCAUGUGCGAUGCAGAGUGAUCUCACGCUAUGCACUCACCACAGUGCAGAGUACAGUGUGGAACCAGCUCCAUUACACCAAGGAAGCAGCCUUUGAAGUGGACCUGCCUUCCUCAGCCUUUAUCUCCAAUUUUACCAUCACAUCUAAUGGUAUAGUCCAUGUAGCUGAAGUAAAGGAGAGAGCAGCUGCCAGGAAGAUUUACGAUGAUGCCAAGAAGAACAGGAGGACGACAGGACUUGUUGCUACCAAGGAGAGAGAGAUUGAAAAGUUUCGGGUAGCUGUCAGCAUUCCUCCUGGAACCCACAUGUCCUUUUCCCUAACCUAUGAGGAGCUGUUGACUCGACGGCAAGGUCGCUACGAGCUGAGGUUGGGUUUGAGGCCAGAGCAGCCGGUGCAGAAUCUCACUGUGGAUGUAACUAUAGCAGAAAGGACUGGAAUCAGCUUUAUCAAAGUGCUACCACUCAGGAUCAGUCGACUGCUUACCAACACUGCUCAAGCUGGGAGUGAAGCUCCCCCGUCCACUCAGGUACAGCAGGAUCAGCACUGUGCUCAUAUUCAUUAUAGACCCACCCUCCAGCAGCAGAAAAACAUGUCCCCCAAAGGAAUCAAUGCAGACUUCAUCAUUCAAUAUGAUGUAGAGCAAAAGGAUCUCAUGGGUGACAUUCAGGUCAAAGAUGGCUACUUUGUUCAUUACUUUUCUCCAAGGGAUCUGCCUGUAAUUUCUAAAGAUGUCGUCUUCGUCAUUGACAUCAGUGGCUCUAUGAUUGGCACUAAAAUUAAACAGACCAAGGCAGCUAUAUCUACUAUCCUGAGUGACCUACGUGAGGGCGACUACUUCAAUCUCAUCACAUUUUCAGAUAAGGUGCAGAUUUGGAAGAAAGACCGAACUGUGCUGGCAACAAAACAGAACAUACGGGAUGCAAAGGAGUUUGUCAGAAAAAUAGUUGCAGAGGGAUGGACAAACAUCAAUGCUGCUCUCCUCUCCGCAGCCCAGCUGAUCAACGCUCCUUUAAGCUCAGCUGAUCACAAAUUUCGCGCACAGCGAGUUCCCAUGAUCAUCUUUCUGACAGAUGGAGAGGCCACAAUUGGAGUGACAGCACAAGAGGUCAUUCUGCGUAAUGCCCAGAAUGCCCUGGGGUCAGCCUCACUCUUUGGUUUGGCAUUCGGGGAUGAUGCAGAUUUCCCUCUAUUAAAACGGUUGGCCCUAGAGAACCGUGGGAUGGCACGGAUGGUUUAUGAGGAUGAUGAUGCCACACUCCAGUUGAAAGGUUUCUAUGAUGAGGUGGCCAGUCCACUGCUGUCAGAUAUCCAGCUGUCUUACAUGAAAGACCAGGCCUACGAUGUUUCACUUGCUCUCUUCCCCAAUUACUUUCAAGGUUCUGAGCUUGUAGUCACCGGAAAGCUUAAAACAGACGUACAGGAUCUCAAAGUUUCAUUGAUGGCAAAGGACUCGAAGAACAAAGUGAAGGUUGAGAGCAAGGUUACACUAGUCAAGGCUGAUGGGAAUGAGACAACAUUACAAGGUUGUACAGGGGAACUAGACGGCAUCUCCAACUUUAUACAUCGCCUCUGGGCCUAUUAUACCAUCAAGGAACUAUUGAUAGCCAAACUCAACAGCACAGAUCCAUUCGCUCAGCGUUUACUAGGUGAAAAGGCCACCAACCUUUCACUUAAAUACAACUUUGUCACACCUGUCACCUCUUUGGUAGUGGUUAAACCAGACAUUGAUGAAUCAGCUCCAACUGCUCCAUCAUCAACUACCACUACAAACAAGCCGAUCAUUACCACUACAGAAAGUGUAACAACGACAGCAACUCAGACCUCAAGCGUUAACCCUAAAACGAUCUCUAAUGCUGAGACAGGAGGAAAAAAGUCCAACUCUGUCUUGCUUCCAAAGUCUGGGAAACCUCUCAUGAAACCCCUUCAACCAAACCCCCCUCCUUCAAACUUGCAUACCACAGGGCACCAAGCGAGCAAAGAUGUAAAACCUGUAUCUACCAAAAGAACUCCGACCUUACUACCCAACAUAUCUAAUAACUCCACUUCUUUCUUGAGCACAGAGACUCCCAAAACCAUGACAACUCCCAGUGUAUUAAAAUCUGCAGACCCGCCUAUGAAGAAACCAGUGUCCUCUUCAAACUCCAAAAACUCCACCACACCUAAUGAUCCUGUUUCACAGCCGGAUUUUCAGGAGGUUCCAUCACCUGAUGAUAUGGGCUCGGAUAUAAAUGUGGCUCUAGAUUUUUCCACCCAUUUGGCUGCCACGUUUGGCCCCAUGCUAUUCAUGACUGAUGCCCCCAUGCCACGGGAAGCUUCUGGUAUUUUAGAUGUUUUGACAGCCAUCCAGUUUGAAGAUGCUGAUCAUGACAAAGAAUAUGAUGUCCCAUAUGACUACGACUAUAGCAUCCAUUAUGAUUCUUCUUCACUUGAUGACACAAACAUAAUCAGUUCUGUUGGAACUUUCUCCUCCUCAGUUGAUGGGGACCCUCAUUUUGUUGUUAAACUCCCAAAAUUAAAGGAAAAUCUGUGUUUUACUGUGGAUGGUGAACCCGAUGAUGUGUUGCAACUUUUAGAGGACCCAAUAAAUGGCAUUACAGUUAACGCUCAUUUGAUGCUGGGUCCUCCUAAACUUGGACUAGAGGACCGCACUCGCACCUUCUUUGACAGCAUAACCAUCAAAACUGGCAAAGCUGACAUCAGGGUCACUGUAACGAUGGACUCAGUGGUCGUGAAAGGAGAGGGUUUUGAAACUCUGCCUACAAAUCAAAAGGGUUCAGUGAUACACCCGGGUUUAAAGAUUGUGCUUGAUGGGCACCAGAACUGUUGGAUCGAACUUAACAAGAAUGUGCUGUUCCUGGUGCUCUUUCAUCAUUAUGUUCACCCCAGCUACUUUCAGAUGGAGCACUUGGGAUUCUACAUAGCUGAUGGCAAGGGGUUAUCUUCUCACACAAAAGGUCUACUAGGUCAGUUCCAGCACAGCACUGUAGAUGUGAUGAGAAUAAAGAACAGGUAUGGUACUGCCUUUCAUCAUGCACAGAUCAGCACCAACUCUCUGGCGCUGGGUUUGCUGAGGAAAGGGGAUGAGCAAAUUCCCACCACUUUGCAAGAUAAGAUCCUGAAGGACACUUUAGGCAAGCGCCAUUCGGCUCUGUGCUGGGUGGUGCCGAAGGUGGAAGUUGAGCGGCUUUUGGGUCAGCCCUACCAAAGCUAUGUUGUGGAUUCCCUUUAAAUACCCGACUAGUACCUUCAACGGUUGGAAAAAUCUUGGGAUUUUGUAUCUACUGAAUCAACGCAGGGUCUACAGGACAAUGGGACACUAUUGUGCACCCUGUUUAGUCAACACUGAUUAAGGCUGUUUAUUCUUAGCAGUCAAAGCUUAGUUAUACAGAAACGCAG